AAAGGCGGCUUUGAAGCCUUUGCUUUGCACAUCGCAGAGAGAGAAACAUUCCUUGGUUCCCUCCAAUUUCCCUUCUUUUCAACAGCUAUAUCGUUCUAUUUCUUUUACUGGGAAGUGGAGUUAGAAGAAAGCUACAAAUGGAGACGUUAAAUUCGAGUGGUGGAGAAGGGGACAGCGAGACUAAUGUAUCGGUAGCUCGCGGGGGACCUAUUUACGUUCCUAACUUCGUCGGUCCUCUUACUAGGGUUCCUGAAUUUGAGUCCGCUCUUCUCCAUGAACUUCAGGAUUUGAAGGCUGAGCUAUGUUUGGAUCCUUCUUCACUUCCCAAUGACGAUGAUAUUUCUGUAGAUGAACUUAAAAUUUUCACUGAUGAAGAUUUGGUGGAGAUGGCCUUGAAGGAUACUACUAAUGAUCAGAACAAAAAUGUAAGUUCCUCUCUGUCAUCAUCUGAAGAGCACUUGAAUGCAAGCAAAAAUUUAAUUGGUCGCUGUGUCGAUGAGCUUAAAAUCUUCACUGACGAAGACUUGGUAGAGAAGGCCUUCAAGGAUACUCCUAAUGAUCAGAACAAAAAUGUAAAUUUCUCUCCGUCAUCUGAAGAGCACUUGAAUGCAAGCAAAAAUUUAAUUGGUCGCUGUGUCGAUGAGCUUAAAAUCUUCACUGACGAAGACUUGGUAGAGAAGGCCUUCAAGGAUACUCCUAAUGAUCAGAACAAAAAUGUAAAUUUCUCUCCGUCAUCUGAAGAGCACUUGAAUGCAAGGACAGGAAGAGGAGAGGAUCCUUCAGCUGCUUUGGAACCAUUAAAUGGAAGAACCUGUUGUGAUGGAACUAUUGAUGACAAUAAAUCAAGGAUGAGGAAAAGGUCUUUGAAACCAUCAGAUGGAUCUCAUACUGGAAACAACUGUAAUACUAUUAUCAACAACAAUUUAAGGAAGCAAAAAGGAAGCAAGGCAAAUACGCACUCGAUUGACGAGAGUUGCCUUAAAAAGGUGGAUGAACUGUUGAAAAUCAAACAAAAGCAGGAUGAAGACAAAGCAGCUGCCAGACUGCAUUCACUAAAUUGCAAGAUCAGUAAGGGUGUUAUUAUGUCCUCAGAGAGAACUGAAGCAAUGAAGUACCUCAAGUUUACGAAUGGGAAACAGCAGCUGAAGCCCUCAAACGUUCAAGAACACAUAGCGGUGCAGUAUCCAGAGGUUGUUCUUUGUAUUGAGGUUUACCACAAUGUGCGUAACUGGCUAAAGAUACAAGAGUUCUUGGUGCUAGGAAGGCAAACACUAACUGAAAUGAGGGACAAAAUUUAUUGCAUGACAGACCAGGUGAUGCAAAAAGCUGGGCAGCAUGACCCGUCUGGAUAUUUUCUCAUAGAAGAUGUGUUUUACAAUGAUAUGAGGAAUCCAUCUGCAAUAGACUAUAGUGAUCCCAUAUUUGAUUGGCUUAGAAACUCGAAGGAUGAUGCUCUUAGAAAAUGGGAGUGUAUCAUAAGUGGUGAAUUGCAUCAAAAGCAGAAAGCAGUGGUGGGGGAGGCAACAACCUCGCAUUUGCCUCAAUUCAGACGUGCAGACAUGCAGAAAACACGGUUUUGUGACCUGAGAUUUCGUCUUGGUGCUGGUUACCUGUUUUGCCACCAGGGAGACUGCAAGCAUACCUUUGUUAUCAGAGAUAUGAGAUUGAUUCAUCCUGAGGAUGUACAAAACCGGGCAGCUUAUCCAAUAGUAAUUUUCCAACUGAAAAUGCGAAUGCAGAAAUGUAAUGUCUGCAAAAUCUUCAGGGCUACAAAGAUGACAGUGGAUGAUAAGUGGACCCCGUGUAACCCUUGCUAUUUCUGUAAUGAUUGCUAUUACCUCCUUCACUACUCAGAGAAUGGAUCUCUUCUGUAUAGUGACUUCUCAACAUAUGAUUAUUUGCAUGACUAAUGGCUUCAAUGACAUGUUAGAUCUACAUUUUUGUAAUGUAGUCAUUUAUUGUAGUGAAUGAGCGGUUGAUUUAUCACAA